AUGGAAUAUCCAUAAAACUUAUUUGGAUAAGGAAUUAAAUUCUCAAUUAUUGGAGACAAUGUAGCUCAAAUAGUUUUACUUCCUGGUGAAUAAAUUAGUACUCAAAAUAAUUAUGUAUAAUAUUAUUCUGAUAACAUUGAAAUUAAAACUAAAAGAUCAUAUUUCAUUUUUGACAAUCAAGUGACUGUUGUGAAUAAUAGCAAAGAUAAUAUUGCAUAUGUAGGAAUUAGUGCUCAAACUGGAAAAGUGAUGGUUUUAGAUGCAGCUAUUUUUAAUAAUUAUUUAAUCAAAGAAUCCUCUAUUAUAGCAGCUAAUGAUCUUAUUGAAGUUGCACCAUUUACUUAAUUUUAAACAAACUAUUAAAAAUUAACUUUCUCAAGAGAUUUGAUGAAGCAAUAACUAGUUUUUUUAAAAACUAAUGGAACAAUAAUUGAUAAAGAUCUUGGAGAUGGAGAAUCUAUUACUGUUUAAAAACAUUCACUUUUAGCUCUUUAAGAUUUUGUUCGAUAUGAAUUGAAUUAAAAAGAUAAUGCUAAAGUUAAAUUGAUAGGACCAGGUAAUUUUAUCAAAUAUUGAUAUUAGGUAGAAUUCUUUUCGAAAUUAAUAACUAAGUUAUGCAAAAUAAUUUAACGAUAUUUCGAAGGAGAUAAUUAGUACAUUUUUUAUUAUUAAUGUCCUUCCUUUUUUUUUUAACUUUUGUUGAUAUUGUGCUUGAUAUUGGAGGUGGAAUUUGA